UCGUAGCAUCCAACACCUAUAAAUCAAUGAAGUGCAGGUAUCAACUUUGCUAAGAUUCCAGACUCACAAACAUAAGAUGGACGUCUCCGAUCAUGCAAACGGUCUAAUGCCUAUCAUUCUGGGAGACAUCAUCUGCCUCCCGAUGGUCUUGCGAGCUGCGAUGGAUCUAAAGGUGUUCGAGAUCAUUGCCGAUGCUGGACCUGAAGCUAUGCUUUCCCCAUCAGAGAUGGUUGCCAAAAUGCCCACAUCUAAUCCACAUGCUGCAACCUCCUUGGAGCGUAUACUCCGAGUCCUUGUAACGGAUAGGAUCCUCACCAUGUCGGUAAGAUCAGACGAUAAGGGUGGGGUGCCGGAACACUUGUACGGUCUAACGGACCGAUCUCGUUUCCUCGUACCUGACAAGGAUGGUGUCACGGCAGCUUCAAUAGCACGACUCUUCCUCGAUCGAGUAACGGUGGAGGGAUUGUUUUAUCUUAAGGAUGCCGUGAUUGAAGGCGGGCGCACCCCCUUUGAGAUGGCCCAUGGUGUGGAUCUCUUUGUGUUUGGUGCGAAGGAGCCAAGGUACAACAAUGUGUUCCAAGAGGGUAUGAGCAAUUGCUCUGUUAUUGCUUUGAAAGAGAUAUUUAAGGCGUAUAAUGGUUUCAAUGAAGUGAAACAACUGAUGGAUGUGGGUGGGGGAACGGGCACCUGCAUUUCUUCCAUUGUCUCCCACUUUCCACACAUACGCGGUUCGAAUUUCGAUUUGCCUCAUGUAAUUGAAAGUGCACCUCAUUGCCCAGGCGUGGAGCACGUGGGAGGAAAUAUGUUUGAGGGUGUACCAAGUGCAGAGACCAUUUUUAUGAAGUUUGUGCUUCACGACUGGGACGAUGAUCAUUGCAUAAAGCUGCUAAAGAACUGCUGGAACGCGUUGCCUGACAGUGGAAAGGUGAUCAAUGUUGAGCACGUGGUCCCUUCCAUACUCGGCAUGGAUGCCGUUUCACGCCAGACGGCCAUUGAAGAUCUAUUGAUGAUGGCCUUCAGCCCCGGCGGUAAGGAACGGACGGCGGCUGAGUAUGACAAUCUCGCAAAAGCAGCCGGAUUUGCAGAAACAAAGGAUAUUCCAAUCUCGCUGGGCAUUCAUGUGAUUGAAUUCUACAAGAGGAUUUCGCUCAAGAACUAGCAUGCUAGUGGAAGUGAGCAAAUGACAAGGCUAUAUUAAUAGAGGGGAAGUUAAAGAGGUUGCACAUGUGCCAAUGUGGCACGUGUGUGUGAGAUCCGAACCAAUCGUCAGCUGGGUCCCAGUUGAAUAUACCCAUAAAUUCAACGACAUAUGUUUGGCCCAACUGAGACUAGUUGGAUUGUUGGGUCAGGGUACAUUCAUGAUGGGCCCACCUAAUGAAUGGCUCAGGAUGGAACACCUCUUAGUCUCUCCAACUGUUACGUGGCUUUGCAUUUCUCAUUUACAGAUAUCUCUAAUAAUCUAUGGGAAAAGAAAGCUAGACUAGUGUCUCUUUUUUUCUUCUUUUUUUGUUCUUCUCUUUCUAUGUUUUAAUAUAUCUACUACUAAAUUAUGAGCCUGAAGUCCUUGUUAUUACUUCC